UCGCGCUGCAACGUCAGCGCGUUGAAGCCGUCCGCCUUUCUCGGGAAGUUCCAGGCCGUCGCAGAGCAGUUUGCAGCGACGACGGCAAAAUUUCCUUCCGGCGAUUCUCUGCGCGACAUUGCACGCCGAGAUAUUGAGGUUUCCGGUCCGUUCCUGUCCUCAGUGCAAACGAAUGGGGUGGCUGACGGCGUUCCUCCGCUAGGAUGUCUCUUUCCGCUUCCCAGGUUUUUCGCGUUCCGGCUGACGCGUCCGCCGGAUUCGCGGUACGUCUUCCUUGUCUACACGUAAAGUGACAUAGGCAGAAUCGCGGUUUCUUGCAGUUCAAAUGAGAGUGACCUAUGUGUGCUUGACUCUUUUCUCUCUUGUCUGACGUUCUUCCUCGGCUGCUCGCUCCUUGGAACCUGUUCACCCGUCUCGCCUCGGCCUGCGUCCCGAGUUCUCGCCGCGGUUCUCCAGCCUUUUCCCGGCGUAAAUCACGAAUGGAGAUCCAAAAUUUUGCUCGUCCACACACUGCUUGUCUGCCACGAUUCCCGUACUACCGCGGCCUCUUUUGUCCGUGGCGAACCCACGGUCUCUGGCUGCACUUGUCACUCUGCGGAUUUCCGGAACUCCUCUGGGACGGUGGGCGCUGUAAAAAAUCCCUUCCUACCCCUUUGGCUCUUUGCCAUCAAAACCACGACUCUUUCCACCGUUGUUAAUCACAGAGCGCACUAAAUUCGACCUGCAGUUCUUCAAGUUCCCCCUGUUCCUCGUCGCCGGUUGCCUCGGCUUCCUGCCCUCUAUGCGGAGCAAAGCUGUGCUGAUGCAUGAACACAAGGAGAGGUGUGAAAAGGGCGUUUGCCUUUCCUGACUUUCUUUUGAAACUGACCCUCCGGAGUCUCCGUACCUCAAAGGAGAGCCAGUGCGUCCUUUCGGGUGGCUGUUUUCCUGCUUCUCUCGGACAACGCCGCAUUUGUGGGUCGAACUCUCUCGUUGUUUUUCGGAUUUGAUGUACCUUCCAUUCGAUUCUCGCCUUCAUCUUUUGCCUUUUCAGUCUUCUGGAAGAAAUGCAUGCGCUCUGCUCGUGUUUCUGACCCCUAGCGCGUUUCGGUUUUUUUGUCAAGAGGAGUCUCUCACCCAAACAAGGAGAUUGCUGCUUGAGAUUCUGAGGCUCGCUCUUUCUCCUCUCAGGUGACUUCCCACCGGAAUGCGCUGCGGGUCAAAGAGAGACUUCCCUUUUGUCUGGUGUAAUUCCUUUUUAACAAACAAAGUAAAGUCGGUGUUCCUGUGCAGCCGAGGUGCGUCAACUGUUCUCGCAGCUACCGAGCAGAGGGACAUGUGAACUAAGGAGCCAGGCACAUUGCGCAUGCAGUUCUUCUUGAAUUUUUUUCUUUCCGUUGCACUUCCUCCGGGAAAGCCCCCUUUCUCUUGGUUCCUUGUCUCGUAAUGUAGGGACGUCUCUUGUUCCAAACGCCUCUCCUCGCAGCUGUUGUCUCGCUUUUUCCUUUUUCUCUUGCGUUUCACCUUGUCUCCUGUUUGAUCCUCUCCUCGCCAUCUCUCCCUCUCUACGCGUCAAUUGGCCUGUUCUUCAACUGAAGUCCUCAUUGUCGUCUUCCCCGCGCGCGAGGGGAGAGUCGCACGUAGGUUUCCCCUCUCAAAGUCCCUGCUUUCUUUUUUUCUUCGAGCAACAUGGAAGUCGAACCGGAGGGAGAUGUUGAGGCCGGAGGGCCUGUGGAGACGCAUGCAUCCGAUUUUCCUGGAAAGGACGGCACCUGCGCACAAGUCUCUUCUGUCUCCUCGUCUCCCUGUGGUCACCUCGACGCAGCCGCUCUUCGCAACGGUCACUCUGUCUUCACUCCUGGGAGCAACGCUGUCCUCUCUUCGCAGUUUCCGUCCUCUCCUCCUUCGUCUUCUCCUUCGUCUUCUCCUUCUUCUCCCUCCGCUUCUUGUCUGGGGACGAGAGAAAAAAGUGACUCUCGGAGUUUGACUUCCGGGCAUCUCAACGGUUCCGCGGCCGACGCGGAGAGUCCUGGAACGCGCGGCGGCGACAGCGCGGUCUCCAGAGACGGGCGGGAAGAUUCGAUGGGGAAGUUGCAGAUGCUUCUCGAGUACGGUGAGAGUUACUUGCUUUCUCUCUGCCACCACAGCCGAAAGCAGGAGGCGACUCGCCAGUUUUCGGCCUCCAGAGAGGCUGUCGAGAGCGGCGCUGCGUCUGGCCUCGGACCGUGCGGCGAGAAGGCUGUGGGGUCGGGACCUUCGCGGCGUUCGCGCCGAGUCGUCUCCUCGGACGAGGAAGACGGCCCAGACUUCGAGGAAGGCAAAAGUGGAGAAGAUGCGCGGCGAGCUCGAAAGCGACGUCGAGGCCCAGAAGAGGGAUCGCCGUACUUGGAGGAGGAGUUCAGGAGCCGCCCGGUCAUCACGCGUCUCUCCACGCAUCCGUCGAUUCUCAGGUGUCCACCGAAGCCGUACCAACUCGAGGGUCUCAACUGGCUCAUUCAACUCCACGAACGCGGCAUGAACGGAAUCCUGGCGGACGAAAUGGGUCUCGGAAAAACGUAUCAAACGAUCUCUCUCCUCGCCUUCUUGAAGGAGGGAAAGGGAGUCGACGGACCGCACCUCGUUCUCGCUCCCAAGAGCACCAUCGGCAACUGGAUGACAGAGUUCCGCAAGUUCUGUCCGUCCAUCAACGCCGUGAGGGUGCUGGGGGACAAGGAGACGCGCCGCCGAACGUUGGCGCACAUCGUCUCUCGGACGCAAGCUUCUUCGUUUCCUUUCUCCUUUCCUGGCGAGAAGACGCUGCGGUCGGAGUCGUCUCCGGAGAGCGAAGAAGAGAAGAGCGACGACGAAACGCAGAAGGACUUGAAGGGCGCCGAGAGACCGGACGAGGAUGGAGAAGAAGGCGCGAAAGAGGAGAAGGAAGAAGACGACGGAGUUCUGCCGGACCGCGUCGACGUGGUUGUCACCUCGUUCGAAAUGUGCAUCCUCGAACGCGCGCAGUUCCUCAAAGUCGACUGGGAGUACAUCAUCAUCGACGAAGCUCACAGGAUCAAAAACGAGAGUUCGAAACUCGCGCAAACUGCCCGGCUCUUCAACACAAAGCACCGACUCCUCCUUACUGGCACCCCUCUCCAGAACAACUUGCGGGAGUUGUGGGCGCUGCUGAAUUUCCUCUUUCCCUCGCUGUUCUCGUCCUCGGCGGAGUUCGAACAUCUCUUCGACUUGACAGGGACAGGCGAAGCGGGCUCGGAGAUGACUGCGGAGGAGCGAGAAGAAAGAAAUAUGAAAAUCGUCACGAGGCUCCACCGCAUUUUGCGACCUUUCAUGCUGCGUCGUGUGAAGAAAGAAGUUCUCAAGGAAAUGCCACCGAAAAAGGAACUCCUCCUCGUUGUCCCCCUUUCAGCUAUGCAGAAGCAGCUGUACAAAGAUCUGCUGACGAAGAAUGUGGCGGCGCUUCAGGGCGCAGAGGGCGCGGGUCGCACGCAGCUCCUCAACUUGGCUAUGCAGCUGCGCAAAGCUUGCAACCAUCCUUACCUCUUCGACGGCUACGAAUCGGAGCAUGCAGAUCCGUUUGGAGAGCAUGUGAUUGAGAACGCAGGGAAGCUGCGUUUUUGCGACCGUCUGCUGCGGCGGUUGAUUCAGGAGAAUCGACGCUGUCUGAUUUUCACGCAGAUGACGAAGAUGAUCGACAUUCUCGAAGACUACUGUCGCAUUCGUCUCUUUAAGUACUGCCGGAUCGACGGGAAUACUUCCGGCGACGAGAGAGACAGACAAAUCGAGGCGUUCAACGCACCAGGAAGCGACAUCCCCAUUUUUCUUCUCUCCACUCGAGCGGGAGGCCUCGGCAUCAAUCUGGCGACUGCGGACACCGUCAUUCUCUACGACUCGGACUGGAACCCUCAGGUCGACCUGCAGGCCAUGGACCGCGUCCAUCGAAUCGGUCAAAAGAGCGCAGUGAAUGUAUAUCGCCUGGUGCAUGAGCACACGAUCGAGCAGAAAAUCAUCGAACGAGCGAUGCUCAAGCUGCAGCUGGACACGGCGAUCAUCCAGCAGGGACGUUUGAGCGACCAGCAGAAUCAACAAAAGCAACUCUCGAAGAACGAGCUCAUGACGAUGGUUCAGUUCGGCGCGGAUCACAUCUUCAAGUCGGGGGCAGGAGAAGACGUCACAGAAGAGGAACUCGAAGCCAUUCUUGCGAGAGGCCAGGAGCGAACGGAUGCGAUGAACGAGAAGCUGCAGGCACAUGUGAAGAAGAGCUUGCUGGACUUCACAAUCAACUCUGCGCCUUCGUCGAGUCUGUACGAAUACGACGGGAUAGACUAUACGGACCAGCAGCGGAAGGCAGACCGCGAGGCCUGGGCCUCUUUGGCUGUACAGACACUCGAGGCGCAGAACGAGCGCGAAAGCAGGCGAAGGAUUCGCAUGCAGAAAGAACAAGAAAUGCAGCUGCAGCAGAGCGCCGAACAGAGAAAAGUCAAGCAUGUCCCGAGAGCGGUCCGUCUCCCGGCAAUGCAGGAGUGGCAGUUCUACGACCGACGCCGAAUUGAAGAACUGCAUGCGGUCGAGUUGAUGUACUACCGGAAUCAGGGAACGACGCGGGCGCCGACGGAUGAGGAAAGAGAAGAAAAGCAGCGACUUCUCAGAGAAGGUUUCGGAAGUUGGGGCAAACGAGACUUCAUCCAGUUCGUCAAAGGAAACGAAAUGUACGGUCGACAUGACAUUGCGCGAAUUGCGACGGAAGUGGACGGCAAGAGCGUGGAAGAGGUGGCGGCUUAUUCUCGAGUUUUUUGGAGUCGCUACCCUGAGAUUCAGGGCUGGGAAAAAUGGAUCCGACGCAUCGAAGAAGGAGAAGCAGUCAUCAACAAACGAAGAGAACUCGAACAGGUGAUUGUUCGGCGCCAGCAGCAGUGCGAGGUUCCUUGGCGGCGGCUGUUGAUUCCCUACGGCGGAGCUGCGAAGAGUCGCAGCAUUUUCACUGAGCAGGAAGACCGGUGGAUUCUUAACAUGACAACUCUCCUAGGUUACGGGAACUGGGACAAGAUGCGAGAUCUGUUGCUGAGAGACACGCAGUGGAGACUUGACUGGUUCGUCCGCUCCAGAACCGCUGGCGACGUCGGCAAGAGGGCAGAGGCUCUCGUCAGACUCUUGAAGAAAGAAGAGGGCGAACGUUUCACUCGAGGGCGAAGGCGCUUGGAUCUCCCCGAUACGCGACCAACUGUGUCUGCCCCCGUCGCCUCAGCGCCCGUUGCCGGCGUGUCUCCGGCGGCCGGCGGAGCCCCAGGCACCGCGGCGCAAAGCGGCGGAGACAGUGGAGCGGGUGUCUCGUCUGGGGAGACGCCGGGAUCCGUUCCGUUUUUAGGUUUAGGGACUAACGCCGGGGCAGAGAGGCCCGCGAGCGGUCGAGCCAAGCGUCUUCGCAGCACAGCCUGGGCUGCAGCCUGAGUGCGUGCAUGCGCGAAAGCAAAAAAGUUGGAUGGGAGUUCUGUAGUGUUCCGUUAGAGAGAGGCACCGGACUCGUGGGUGAAAACUGAGAGGGGUCGGUAUGGUCUGUUCUGGCGGAAGGCGGAGCAUUUGCUUUGCGCGCCGGGUUGGGGAAGUGGUUGAGCUGCGACGAGUUUCGGCGUUUCGUCGGGGCAGAGACCGUGGCGGUUUUUCCUUUUACCUAGCGGAAAAGGCGCUUCGAUGGGAGAGGACCAUCUAGCCGCGAAUCGCAGCCGAAACUGGGAAUGCCAGUGUUUCCCAGAACAUGCGUACUGCUGAGUGUAGUGAGAAGCUAUUUUCCUGUCCAGAACUCGGGAAAGCUAUGCAGUUCUACGGCAGUGUUUUGAUGUGAUGAGGAAAAAGUUCUUUCUUGGAUUUCCUGGGAGCCCUGCGCUCGAAUUCAGCACUCGGUGCUAAGACUUGUAGAACUCGGUACGUGCAAGGAGAUCUAAUGGAGUCAUAACCAAUCCACUCGUUGAAGCUGUUCUACCGGCA